CACUCACACCCCAUUUGCAUUAUUCUUCUUUUCUUUUCAUAUCAUAUCUCAUCUCUAUUUCUCUGUCUUCUAUCUUCUAUCUUCCAUUCCUUUCUAUCACAACUCAACUUCUCAACAUAGCAUAGCAGAGCACAACAACAGAGGAGAGAGAAAGCAAAAAAAAAGAAUUUGGCUUCUGCAUCUUCAGAUAAGGAGGAACAUCUGUUUUGUGAGACUAAGAGCAUAUCAUAGUUCAUAAAAACUGUUACUAGGAGGAGAUUCCUUAAGGGGAAAGAAAAAAGUGAGUCUAAAGAUGGGUUAUCUAUGUGAUUUUUGUGGAGACCAGAGAUCCAUGGUGUACUGCCGCUCUGAUGCAGCAUGCUUAUGUUUGUCUUGUGAUCGGAAUGUUCAUUCUGCCAACGCCCUUUCUAGGCGUCAUUCACGGACCCUUUUAUGUGAGAGAUGCAAUUCGGAACCUGCCUUUGUAAGGUGUGUUGAAGAGAAAAUUUCUCUUUGUCAGAACUGUGAUUGGUUGGGUCAUGGCACCUCUACAUCUUCUUCAGCACAUAAGAGACAAGCAAUCAAUUGUUACUCUGGCUGCCCUUCAGCAGCGGAACUGUCUUCAAUAUGGUCAUUUGUGUUAGAUAUCACUUCCAUUAGUGAAUCUACCUGUGAGCAAGAGUUAGGCUUAAUGAGUAUUAACGAGAACAACAACAAGAGGAUUGGGGUUCCAUCAGAAAACCAGAAUGUGUCUGGUUCAAAUCAAGUUACUGAUCUGCCUGCUUUGGACAAGUCUUUGGUUGGUACAUCUUCAAUGCCCGAGUCAAGCUCCAAACCUCAAAUUCUGGACCAGCCAGCUGGACCUGCCAAUGAAUGUCUGCCAAAGUUAUACUGUCCUGCUACAAAAGGCCCUGCACUAUGUGAAGAUGAUUAUCUGUAUGAUGAUUUCGACAUGGAUGAAGUGGAUAUAAAUCUUGAGAGCUAUGAAGAACUUUUUGGUGUGGCCCUUAGUCAUUCUGAAGAGCUAUUUGAAAAUGGUGGAAUUGAUAGCUUGUUUGAGACAAAGGACAUGUCUGCUGGAGAUUCCAAUUGUCAGGAUACUAUUGCUGCUGAGGGGUCAUCAAUAGGAGUGAUCAAUGCAAUGCAACCAGCUUGCAGCAAUGCAGCAUCUGCAGAUUCCAUUUUGAGUACUAAAACUGAACCAAUUAUUUGUUUCACGGGAAGGCAAGCCCAAUCAAACCUUUCUUUUUCUGGCAUUACUGGAGAGAAUAGCACCGGAGACUAUCAAGAGAUUCAAGACUGUGGGGCUUCUUCAAUGCUCCUCAUGGGAGAACCUCCUUGGUUUACUCCUUGUCCUGAGAAUUCCCUACAAUCUGCCAACCGCAGUAAUGCUGUCAUGCGAUACAAGGAAAAGAAGAAGACACGGAAGUUCGACAAAAAAGUGAGGUAUGCCUCUCGCAAGGCAAGGGCAGAUGUCAGAAGGCGUGUGAAAGGCAGGUUUGUGAAAGCCGGCGACGUCUACGAUUAUGACCCUUUGAGCGCAACCAGAAGCUUCUGAGUGUACAACUUUUAACCAUGCUUUAUAAAAGGAAAAACAGUCAUAUACCUGAAAAAUGGAUGAAAUUUGAUGCCUGCAAUGACAAGCUGUCUGAUUUUAUCACAGGGGCCUAUUGAUGUUCUUCAAGGCUGUGUUCAACAGUGUAAGCUCAGGAUCAGGAGCUGAAUCUUUGUCCUUCACUGUGAAGGAUGUCCAACUUGUGAUAGUUAUAUCACAAAGUGUCCCCUUCAGGCAAUGUGUUUGGAUUGCCUUUCUGUUAAGCUUGGAAAUUUCUGCUGCAUAACUCUCCUUUCCAAGAAUUCAAAAGUGUUCUAUGUUCUCUGGCCUUAACCAUACUCCAUGUUUGUGAUGUGGUCGUGUAUGUAGAGUGCCUGAGAUGACAUGAUAAGUGGCUUUAUUUGACAGUUCCAGAUAAACUACAAAGAUUGUAAAGUGUAAUAUUUGACCUCUUGGCUUUGACAUGUAUAGCACACAAUCUACAUGUAUAAUUUUGCCCAUGUAAUCAGACAAAAUUGUAAAUUCAAUGCCCCAUGUAUAGAAUAGAAUACUAAUAUACUAUGCAUGUAUGUACCAAUACAAGUUUUGUUUGUGACUUGUUACUUGUUAUUUUAUUCGGGUGCC